GCAGAGUGCUUGGCUCACUCGUUCAACUCUCCACUCGUCAUGCCCUUCACCAAAUUGCACACGUUUGCUCCUUUACCCCAGACCACGCGUGGCCAACCUGUCAAAGUCGAAGCUGAUCCCAAGGGGAAGAACUUUGUCUAUACCAAUGGCAAGACCGUCUUUAUCAGGAACCUUGAGAACCCAGCCCUAGCUACCACUUAUACCGGCCAUAGUGCUCAAGUAACCGUCGCCUCCUAUAGUCCUAGUGGGUACUAUAUUGCCUCUGGUGAUGUUGCUGGUAACGUCCGUAUUUGGGACACUGUUGGCGAGGAACAGAUUUUGAAGAGCGAAAUUAAAGCUAUCAGUGGACGGAUUACUGAUAUUGCCUGGGACUCAGAAAGCAAAAGAAUUAUUGCCGUAGGUGAAGGCAAAGAGAAAUUCGGACAUGCUUUUGCUUUUGAUACCCUUUCAUCCGUUGGUGAAAUCACUGGACACUCCAAAGUCAUUAACAGCGUAUCCAUCCGACAACAACGUCCAUUCCGUGCUGUAACUGCAUCGGAUGAUAUGUCUGUUGUGUUCUAUCACGGAGUUCCAUUCAAGUAUAACAAGGUCAUCCGUGACCACACUCGGUUUGUUCAUACCGUCAAGUUUUCUCCAAAUGGCGAUUUUUUUGCUAGUGCAGGUGCCGACGGGAAGAUCUUCUUGUACGACGGAAAAACAGGUGACAAAAUCCAAGAGCUCAACUCUGAUCAAGCUCACAGUGGAGGUAUCUUUGCCGCUUCAUGGUCUCCGUGCAGUAAAUAUUUACUGUCAUCUUCCGCCGAUGCCACUGUGAAGAUUUGGGAUAUUGAAGCCAAGUCUGUCAUCAACACUUUUGAUUUUGCUUCUGGUUCAUCACACGACGAACAACAAGUGGGUAACCUGUGGAGUGAAGGCAAUCUUUUGUCUGUGGCGUUGUCAGGUGAAAUCCGCUACCUUGACAAGAACACUGGAAGCAUUUCUCGCAGCAUUCACGGACAUUCCAAGGCUACUACUUCUUUGACCAGCACAAGCAACGAUAUAUUGUUCACCGGAUCAUACGACGGACGGGUAUGUGGUUGGCAGUAUGGAACCGAAAAAGACAAGACAUUGCCACAGCCAUUGAAGGGUGAACAGCAUACCAAUCAAAUUACCUCUAUGGUUGUUCAAGGUGAUUCCUUGUUUUCUGCUGGUAUGGACGAUGUCAUUCGCAUAGGGAAGGCUACCGACCAAACAUACAGUGGCUCCUCCAUUGCCGUUGGCUCUCAACCCAAAACUGUAUCUGUUAGCAAUGAUGACACCUUGGUUGUUGCCACUGGAAGUAGUAUUCAAAUUUACGACAAGCAGCAAAAGAAGUUGGGCGAAAAUAGUAAACUUGGUUUUAACCCUACCGCCGCUGGGAUCAGUGCUAAUGGCAAGAUUAUCGUCGUUGGUGGUGAGGAUGGUAAAUCCAGAGUCUACAAAUAUGAAAACGGCAAAGCCUCCUUAGAGCACACAUUGGAAAACAACCGAGGUGCUGUUUCUGCCAUUGCCGUCAACCCGAAGGAAGACCUUGUGGCAGUUGGUGAUAGCGUCGGCAAGAUUUUCGUGUAUGAUUUAACAACUGGAAAGUCCAUUGUAUCACAAUGGGUAUACCAUAGCGCACGCAUCACAUCAAUUAAGUGGUCUGAGUGCGGAGUGUUCGCAGUCAGCGGCAGUUUGGAUACCAAUAUUUAUGUCUGGAACCGAGAGAAGCCUUUCAAGAAGGCAGUGGUAAAAAAUGCCCAUGUAGACGCUGUCAACGAUGUCCAAUUUUUGAACAAAACCGGCGACAAGCUGACGGUUGCUUCGGUAGGUCAAGAAGGAGCUCUCAAGAUUUGGACAGUGGAUCCCGUCGUUUAGAGAGGAGGCACAGGGAGAUAAGCCUCCCACGUGACAUAUAUGAUUUUUCAGUGAAUCAAAUCAAUAAAAAUUUUUUUUUCACUGUGCGAUUGGGCCCAAAAAUUUGAG